AUGUCACCUGAGUUCUACCACAGACACUGGUGUCGUUCUGCCCGUGCAGCACUUGGGUCGUACCUGUGGAAGAAUGUGAGGGGAGAGGAGCAGGUCAAAGAGGGAGAGGAGCAGGUCAAAGAGGGAGAGGAGCAGGUCAAAGAGGGAGAGGAGCAGGUCAAGGAGGGAGAGGAGCAGGUCAAAGAGGGAGAGGAGCAGGUCAAAGAGGGAGAGGAGCAGGUCAAAGAGGGAGAGGAGCAGGUCAAAGAGGGAGAGGAGCAGGUCAAGGAGGGAGAGGAGCAGGUCAAAGAGGGAGAGGAGCAGGUCAAAGAGGGAGAGGAGCAGGUCAAGGAGGGAGAGGAGCAGGUCAAAGAGGGAGAGGAGCAGGUCAAGGAGGGAGAGGAGCAGGUCAAAGAGGGAGAGGAGCAGGUCAAAGAGGGAGAGGAGCAGGUCAAAGAGGGAGAGGAGCAGGUGGUGGUGGUGUUGAGAUCCUUUGAGGUGGUGGUGGUGUUGAGAUCCUUCGAGGUGGUGGUGGUGUUGAGAUCCUUCGAGGUGGUGGUGGUGUUGAGAUCCUUCGAUGUGGUGGAGGUGUUGAGAUCCUUCGAGGUGGUGGAGAGUCCCUUCAAUCCUUUGGGCAAGCUAAGGAGAUGGUUGUGGAGUGUGGUGGUUGACAAGACUACAGAGCACCAAACACUGGAGCAGAGCUGUAAAGUCAAUCCCUAG